AUGAGUCAUGGUCGACGCAUGCUCGAGGCGCAGGCGCAGAAGGAGCGCACGUCUGGCACUCAUGAAGAUGGACGGCUGAAUGACGGGCACCUGCGCAACGGCAGUCGCUCUUUGAACGACGACGGAACCCCUGUGCGGCUCCCACGCGGCAGUGCAGGCGCAAGCAGUGGUGACCGUAGGCAGGAUGGCGGACACGACGACGACGCCGCCCUCGUCUCUCCACCUCCUCGCCCAAACGUGCGGCUUGGACUCCACCACGCUGGUGACGGCAGCAGUAGUGCCACUAGCGUUGCUACUGCAGUGGGCCGUGCGCGCGGGGGUAGCAUCGCCGAAACUACCAACCACCAACCCCGAAUCCGUGACCUCGGGCCUUCUGCUGCUCCACUCUCCUACACUCCUCUGGCCGUGCCGCGUCGACUGCAUCCUUCGGACGUGGCAGAGGGGAUGCACGUCAGCGCCGCUCGGCACAUAGACGUGGACGCGGAGGAGGGGGAGGCUGAUGACAACACCCGGAGGACGAACAACACUCUCGCUGAGGCGACUCCGAGAGGCUCGCGAAGGCGGAGGGGAGGAGGCACCCGAGAUGAUUCUCCUGCCGAUGGUGAUUCUGCACAACGCCGCCUGUCUUGUGAGCCCUGCAACCGCAGCCGCAGCCGCACGGGGGGGAGCGGCCACUCCGCCCCGAGCAGCUUGCGCUAUCCGGCGUCACGCGUGAACGUUGUGGCUGUCACUACGACACCUUCCGUGGCCCCGUGCGACUUGUCAAGUCCUCCCAGCCGAAGUCGCACGGAAAGCCGCUCGCCGCCGCUGAUGACGGCAGCACAGAGGGCAUCAGCUUCCCCAUCUCAUCAGCCUCGCGCGGCGCCUCUGCCGGUACCAAUCACUGCCGCCCUUGCUCGCCCGAGCAAGGGCGAGUUUGGUGCAGACUCUACGCUAGAAACAGGCCCAGAAACCUCUGUCGCCCAUGCUUCUCGCCAGCCGCUGCCACUGCGACCGGAGCCAUCGCCGUGGGGUGGUGGUGGCGCAGGGUUCACGACGACGGCGACGGCAACGGUGCCGCCUUCACCGUUACAGAGACUCAUGCCACCGGCGUCGCCUCCGUUACGAGCUGGGGUGUCACCUCGAACACUUCCGCUUCACCCUACCAGGGCGGAUGCCAGCUGUGCGUCGAUGUUGAUUUCCCGUGCAACUAGCGCCAGCACCGCCACCACAACGGUGGUCACGACUCCAUCCUCACAGGUGCAGCUUCCGCCGCCGGUCGGCUCGCAAGUGUCGCCCUAUGAACUGCAACAGCAUCAGUCGCACCCGAUUCUGCCAACGCCGUUAUCCACGAGUGUUACAGGCGUGUCAUCUCGCUCGAUGCUACAGCACAGCAUUGGCGAUCUCACUGGAGAAGCAGUUGAGGAGGAUCACAUCGCAUCCGAGAGAGAGUCGCAGAAUGUUCUCCGCUCCUCCUCACCCCUUUCUCAGAAAAGUGAACCUGCAAUGGUGACGGCUGGGCCUGAGUGGAAGUCAGCACCGCCGUCGCCUCUGCCGACAGUCACUGAGCCACUAGCCUGUCCACGACUGCUGUUGUUGCCAGAGGCGACGGCGCCGUACGACGAAAUGGGUAUCCCCUCAUUGAGGAACAGGGUGGACCGCUGCAUCUACCCCUUUAUGCGCGACUUCAGUGGCUUCCACAACACUGGGAACGAUUGCUACGGUUGCAGCUUGCUGACCAUGCUCCUGCGCAGUGCUGUGUUCCGUCGCGCGUUGCUCGUCUCACCGCUCGUGUGCGCGGUGCGACACUACGAGGCGCUCCUGACGGGUAAAGCAGAGCGACGCGUGCUGUGGACGAGCGGGUACGUCGACUCUGCGGCGGAGACGAAGACGAAGAAGACGGCAGUGCGGAAACGCGCGCGAGCUGCUGGACGGUCUGCUGAAGAUGGUGAUGAUGGGCAGACAGAGGAGGCCUCAGUUGCUGUCGUCUGCGACUUGCCAGACACCACUCCCAUGGAGCCUGUGGAAAAGCUGGCGCACUCGCAGUAUGUGUGGUGUCCCACUGCUGAUGUUCAGAAAACUCUCGACAUUCUCGGCACCUUCUCCCUGGACGAGCUGGAGGACGUGCUAGAGGUGGAUCUGACGACUCAGCGCGUCCCUCUCACGCUGCAUGGUGCACUUGCCGCACUUGCACGGGCGCAGCGCUGGCGCGAGCAUUUGACAACGAUCGUGAACACGCCGCACACGCAGGCGGCAGAGCGGCAGCGUCUUCUGGAGACGAAGAUCUACCAUGACAACGAUCAUGACUUUAAUGGCCAAGUAUACACGUACGGGAUUCGACUCACCGCUGUGGCCAACCUGUUUGAUGGUGAUUUCUUCCUUGGCGAUCAGGAAGACGCGCACGAGCUAUUCGUGUCGAUCAUGGCGAAGCUGGAGACGGAGGCGGUGAGAUUUCAGCAGCAGUGCGACAAAAUUCUGGAGCGCCGUUUCUCGACCAACCCCAACGGGGAACACAACAUGGAGAACGAAGUGGACGAGAAGCUGGAGUCGGGGGGCAAGGAAACCAACGACGCAGAUGCGGCGAGCUUCGCGGAGCAGCGACUGCAGCACGUGGCUCACGUACCCUUCGUCUCUUCCGUGAGCCCAUCUGACGUUCUGACUGCUGCUAACUCUCCGGUACAGCGUCGCCCGUCUGUCUCCACGGCCGCGGCGGCAGUGUGGAUCAACACGCUCGUGCAGACGCGACUCCUCAACAUCAUUCGAUGCCGCACCGCUGGGUGCCACCACGAGAUCGUCACCGAUGAGGUAUGCGUGAACCUCUCCGUGCACAUCCCAGAGGAGUCCCCGGCAUUGCCGCCAUCAGCGCCGCCUUCGCUGCCACCGUCGUGCUUCCCCGCGCUGCCACCCCCGCUCUUGACCACGUCCGUCUUCCCCUCACGCUCGACUGCGGCGGCGGCGACCGCGGCAGCCCCGCAGUCAGCUGUUGAUGGAGGAGGUGGUCGAUGCCGCUCCAUCGCGCAUCUCUUGCACGACUCCAUGGCGUAUGAGGCGCUGAAUGAUUACCGGUGCGAUGGCUGCGGGUCGCGGACCUCGCAGUUUCAGGGCGGGUGUUUCUACACACGCCCGCCAUCGCUGCUGGUGCUGCAGCUGAAGCGAUUUGCAACGCAGUUUGUGAACGGCACGGUCGUCAUCCAGAAGAAUGGCCGCCGCGUUGCGGUGGAGGACACACUGGUGAUUCACGCGUUACCCAGUGCAGCGGAGUCGCUUGCGUGGCAGCGUCGAUGGGAGCGGCAACACCACCUCAGUCCAGGCUGUGUGGAGCACACAGAGAUGGCUAGGGCAGGGGAGGACGCGAAGGUGGAGCACCGUGCUUCGCCUGCGACGACGUCUCCAUGUGAGGACGGAACGUGCUGCUUCUACUACGACCCAGACAGGAAAUGCUUCUCUGACGCCAUGCAGAAGGCGUGCCACGUGAGUGGGGGCCAUGAAUCAGCAGGGCAGGACAGCUUGAAGUAUUACAAGCACCACGGCACGGACGAUGACCUGCCUAGGACCACGGCCUCUGCAGCCCCUUCCUCAUCUCUUGUGUGGGCCAUUCGGUGCGUUUACUCCCUACGGAGCUGCGUCCUGCACCUUGGCCAAAGCCUCCACUACGGGCAUUACGUAUCAGACUUUGCCGUUGACGGCGAGGAGGAUGGCUCGGACGGGGAGACUGCUAGGGAGCGCUGCACCGCGGAGAAAGAAGCGGGUUUAGAGGCCAACUCACAAACGCCACUUAAUUUUCGCAGUGCCGGACGGCGACGCUGGCGCCGCGCGAACGACGAGCGGGUAGAGGUGCUCAGCGAGGAGGUGGCGCAGGCCCGCCGUACCGGCUGCUCUGACGUAUACCUUCUUCUCUAUGAGAAGGUUGCAGAGGAACGGGUGCGAUGCUCUGCCGAGAUGGUGCUCCCGACGCCUAUCUACCGCAGCUCUGAUGAAAGCAAGGCGCGAGACGAAGCGGGUGAAUUGUCGCAACCGCAGGCGGCGAAGCUAUAG